AUGACAUUAAGUUUUUUUCAGUAACAUUUACGAUUAUGAUGACAUACGCAUCAAUUGCGUCUCUAACAAUUAACUGUAACAACGUUGCUAAUCGAAUGAAUUUGGGAUUUGCCGGAGUUAUUGCUCCAGUUUUGGCUAUUGCGUCAUCAUUUGGGUUUGCAAGUGCAAUUGGCAUUGAGUUUACAAACAUCGUCGGGGUAAUGCCUUUUCUUGUCGUUGGAAUUGGAAUAGAUGAUAUGUUCAUACUAAUGUCUGGGAUGGCCGAUGCCCCUCCAUUGUCAAAAUCUUCAAUAAUGGAAAGAGUGGUUUUCAUGAUGCAGAAGAGUGGUAUAGCCAUCACAAUUACGUCUCUGACGGACCUUCUAGCUUUUGUUAUAGGAGCCACUUCAGUAUUCAAAAGUAUCCGCAAUUUUUGCAUAUACACAGGUGUUGCCGUUUUUUUCUGUUAUCUCAACCAACUCUUCUUUUUAUGUCCUGCCAUUCGGUUAAAUGAAGGAAGGACGAAAGAAAAACGUCAUUUUUGCCUUUGUUGGAAAGAAGUUCAACCAGACAAUCAUUACAUAGGACAUUCGAAAUGUUUCACACGCUGCACAGCUGGACACCCUCCAGAGACAAGAGAGGAUGUUGAAAGUCCCAUGGAAAAAUAUCCCAAAAACAUUAUGCUUUUUAUGUUGAGCAGUCUUUGGGGGAAGGUGCUUAUAACGAUAUCAUUUAUGACUUAUUUAGCAGCAGCAAUUUACGGCUGCUUCCAUCUUGAACAAGGUCUUCAACUGUACAAUUUAGCCGCCAAAGAUUCCUAUUUCUAUACAUACAGUGCUUGGGAUAAUGAAUUUUACACUAUAGAGCCCUAUGUACAAAUUCUAUCUAGUACUUUGCAAACGAUAGGAAUUGCAGUCGCUGUAAUGCUUUUUGUAACUUUCGCCUUCAUGCCAGAUGUACGUGUUGUUUUGAUUGUUUGUGUAACCCUUGUAUGUAUAUUAGUGGGAAUAUUUGGAUUCAUGCAUUUUUGGGAUCUUACCCUCAGUUCUAUUACUAUGAUCCAUUUGGUCAUGAGCGUUGGUUUUUCGGUAGAUUUUACUGUCCAUGUAUGUCAUGCUUUUAUAAGUGUUGAAGGGGAUGAACGAAAAGAGGUUUUGAUUAAAGCUUUAGAUAGAUCUGGGGGACCAAUCGUAAACGCAGCCUUUUCUACUUUAUUAGGAAUAUUAAUGUUGGGUUUUUCAAGUAGCUACAUUUUCAUCUCUUUUGGAAAAGUAAUGUUUCUUGUGAUUGCUUUUGGGUUGAUCCAUUCAGCUUUCUUUUUGCCACUUCUUCUGUAUUGGUUAUCGCCAUUCCUUAGGAAACAUGCGAUGACGAAGGUAAGUAGCUCUUCGCCAUGUAUGGAUACUGAAAUGAAUGCAGAAAAAUUUCCACCAAUAACAGAUUCAACUGAAAAAACAAAGAAAUCAGAUAACUUUACUGAUUUAAGUAAACCAAAAUAUUAACUUUCUCUCAUUUACAUGCAAUACUCUGUUUGUACAACAAUACCCAAUAAUUGAGUAUUAGAAUAAAGUUGUUCUUUCAGUUAUUGCUACCAAUUUAUUAAGGACUAAAAUCUUUUUUACCUGCGGUUUUUUAAGACUUUUUCCAUGUAAACGAAGUGCCGUGCUACUUUUACUGUUCAUAUAUAUAUAUAUUGAUACCUUUUACUUUGCAUGGAAUUCUGAAAAGAUUCUGUACCUUUGGACAAUCCCAAACAGAUGGAUUAUUAUUGUGUUUUAUUCGUUGGCUUUACAUAAGCAUCAUUUUGAAUUAGUGUAUUCAUUUUUUAAGAAAUUCGUUUUAAUCUUUUUUUAUCACAAUUUCAACUGUAAAACAUAACGUUUUGAGUCCUUAUUCCUUUAAGGAAAUAGUGUCAAAGGGCAAGGCCACUAAAAGGCUAAUUUCCUUGUUAAAUGUUUGCAGUACAGUUUGUAUUUCAUUUCAAAUGCUAUUGUAAGGAUACUACUUGAUAUGUUGUUUCUUAUUUUUAACUAAACUGUAUGUAAGCAUUGAUAUCGUAAGGAUUCUCUAAAGACAUAUUGCCUACCAUCUAAGAAUAUAUUCAUAAUAAGCAUUGUUGAUUUUUACAGUAGAACACUUUCAGACGAAAUUCUGAAGUAUCAUAAAAUAAGCAUUACAGAUUAAAAAAGAAUAAGCAUACGGCAGGACGAUGAAUAAAUGUAAUAUGCUUCUUUGUAUAAAUUUUCAAUGUGUAUAUUUAUGCAUUGGUAGCUUGAUUGAGUGUUUAUAUAAAAUGGUUUUAUUAUAUAUCAUAUUAUUAUUUUGAAUCAUAGACGAAAAUUAAAUAAAUUUAAUGAUUUCUU